CGAUAAUCGCCGAUAAAGGUUCCCGACGACGUUCUCGAGACGAGCAAAAUCUCGCGACGUUUCUUUUUGGAGCUUCUGAGAUUUCUCUAUGUUUGCGCUUUGAAAUCGAAAACCUCUAACGACAGACAGUUUCCUCCUCUUAACACGUGACAGCGGCGUGUUCGGUCACCAGAUUAGAACGAGAAACCCAUAAUCUUUCGGAGGCAUCCAGAAGUUCUACGAGAACGACUGAUUCUAUUUCUUGAUCUCUGAUUAACGGACACUAAUUGUGCGACGCGAAAAGAGAGGCGUUAAUGUCAGGUCGACGUCGCUCCGCGUCGUGCGGACCCUUUGAUACAUUUUCCGAUUGUUAAAGAGUUUGUACGCGGAAAGAGGGAAAGACGCGUCAGGGGAAGGACGACUGUGACGUGCAGUGCAAUCUGUGUAAAGUAGACUCCGGGGACGGUGGGAAGGCAGUUGGAACGUGACGUGACGAGAGAGUUAUAGAGGCCGAAAGAGCACGGACGCGAAAAAAACGGUGGGAGACAGACCCUGGUUAAGCCUCCGAAGUGGGAAUUGUCGCGUCAGACACGUGAGACUGGUGAUUUAUCUCUACGUAACUGCGACUCCGGCAAGGAGUGACUAUCGAGGUACAUGAACGAAGGACAUGAACUACUCGCAAGGGAAGGGACGGCUCUAUCCGGCCUACAGUCUAAGUGGCAGCGAGGGUGAAGAUAAUACCUCCAGUUUGCGUAGCCGCGCCUAUCCGCAAAAUAAUCAUCAAACUAAUCAGCCACAUCAUAAUCAUUACAAUACCAGUCAGCACAAGCAGCGCGUCUAUCAACAACAACAACAACAGCAACAUCCCCUGUAUCAUAUGCCCGGCAGUGGUGCCGGCCUCAGUGACACACCGACUUCCGGUAACGCAUCUGACGAAACUCUUACUGAUAGUGACCUUAUCACUGUCGCUCGUGAUUCUGCGCUGCUCGUUCAUAACGGUGAGUAA